AUGGUUCUGUAUACAGAGGAAUACUUAGAAGUGGCAAUGAAGUCGCAGGUUAAGAUUUUGAACAAAUCAAAAUCUAAUGGCCAGGAUUUUAUAAGCGAAGUGGCCACAAUUGGAAGGAUCCACCACAUUAAUGUGGUGCAACUUGUUGGUUUUUGCUUCGAUUACUCCAAACAAGCUCUUGUCUAUGAUUUCAUGCCGAAUGGAUCUUUGGAUAAACACAUUUCCUAUAAGGAUGAUGAUGAUCCUCUUAAUUCUAAGAAAAUGUAUGAGAUCUCUCUUGGCAUAGCUAGAGGGAUAGAGUAUCUACAUCGGGGAUGUGAUAUGAAAAUUCUACAUUUUGACAUCAAGCCUCACAACAUUCUCCUAGACCGAAGUUUCACUCCGAAAGUUUCUGACUUUGGACUUGCAAGACUUUAUCCCAGCGAUCGCAAUAUAGUAUUGCUGAUUGCAGCAAGAGGAACCUUGGGUUAUAUGGCUCUGAGCUAUUCUAUAAAGACAUUGGUGGCAUUUCUUACAAAGCCGAUGUUUAUAGUUUUGGGAUGUUAUUAA